AUGGCAGCCAGAGCACCAAUACCACUAUCUGAUAAGGCGACUUCAGGUACAGAGACUGCAGUGAAAGACACCAGCUUCAACAUGUCGGGUGUCGACCGCAAAGCUAUGGAGCAGGAGCGACUUGCGCGAUCAGGCAAACGGAAGCGAGAGCUCUCACCCAUACCGUCACACGAACUGUUCAAUCCUCUAGAAGGUCAGAAGGAUGCAUGGCAACUGGGCGAGCCUGUCGAUGACUUCGUCAGACGCCUUCCUCCAUAUAAUACAGCCAUCACUACAUUCCCUUGGAUCUGGGCCGCUAAUCCACAUCGCAAUCCUCGCGACAAGUCACCUUCGCCUUGUGUUGAAGACUUCACAUCGCGUGGCAUGGACUUACUUGAGCAGUCGCUUCAGACUCGCCGUGAUAUCCAGAUGGAAGGGGCCAGAGGACCGAGAGGUAUGGUGACUAAACAGCUCAAUCAAGAGAGUAAGGCUCUACAGGGACGGAUUUCAAGCCUUGCAAACGAGACAAACGUUCUUUCCGGAAAGUGGAUGUUAUUCCCGAAAUCAGUAGACGUUACACGGGUUUGGAAGCAAGUCGUUGCAAACGUGAUUGACAAUCGACUUGGUUGUACCUGUAAGGUCGCUACCGACGAUGGCAAAGAAGAGCGACUGAUCUGUGUAUACACAAAGGACUUCCAGGACGCUGACGACGUAUUGCGAGUACUCCAUGAACUUGAAAACAUGGGUCUCCUGAACGGUGGCAGAACCAUCUAUUACAAACCAGAUGCAUACACUUAUCUGAAUCUCGUCCGCGAUACAGCCGUAGAAUAUGGCCUACAAGCGAGUCUUUACAACUCUCGGUCUUUGUUGGCGGCUAACAAGGUGCCGAAGUCAGCAUUGCUGGCCCAGAAGAAGCAGUCGACCCUGAGCGGUUUUCUUUAA